ACGAUGGAUCAUCUAAAAAAUGUAUGCAAUUAUUGUAUCCUAGUUGUGAAAAAACACGACCUUGACCGAAGUUGAAGAAAAAGUUUCUCCUUUCCUUGGUGACACCAACAAACUUACCAAACAAAACCCACCAAUAUAUUUGUUUUGAUUUCUUUAUAUUCUGCGUUGUGGUUUUAGAGGGGAUCGUGCUUCGUAUUUAGUCCAUUAUCAUCUACUUUGAAACAGAAAGGAAUUCACCAGCCACUGCAAAUUUCGCAGUUUCAGUAGAGACCAAAGUAUCAUUAUCAUUGCGUCUACAUCUGCUAAAGAUGGAUUUGGCUAAUGGUUUACACGCUAUUUUUCCUUCAGUAAACUCUGUUGCUGUUUUAGUGGCAUAUUUUGUGUACUUGGCAAUUGCUGGAUCUAUUUUACCUGGUAAAGUUGUUAAGGGGGUUGUUUUACAAGACGGCACUCGACUUCAUUAUCGAUGCAAUGGUUUAUUGUUGCUUGUAUUGUUGGUUGCGCUACUUGGAAUUGGUGCCCAGAUGGAUUUCAUAUCACCUACUGUGAUAUCAGAUAGAGGACUUGAGCUGCUAUCAACAACUUUAAUAUUUUGCUUACUUGUGACAUGCAUACUGUUUGUUGCUGGGUGCAGGUCAGGCAAUCAGGGUUCUUCCCUGAAGCCUCAUGUCACAGGAAACCUUUUGCAUGACUGGUGGUUUGGAAUACAACUGAAUCCUCAGUUUAUGGGCAUUGAUCUCAAAUUUUUCUUUGUUAGAGCUGGAAUGAUGGGAUGGCUACUUAUCAAUUUAUCAGUCCUGGCAAAAAGUUUUCAAAAUGGCACCUUAUCUCAUUCGAUGAUCCUGUACCAGCUAUUCUGUGGGUGGUACAUCCUAGACUACUUUGUUCAUGAGGAGUACAUGACCUCCACGUGGGACAUAAUAGCUGAGAGAUUAGGCUUCAUGUUGGUAUUUGGGGAUCUAGUAUGGAUUCCUUUCACUUUUAGCAUCCAGGGUUGGUGGCUUUUGCAUAACAAGGUGGAGCUUACAACUGCUGCUGUUAUAGCAAACUGUUUAGUGUUUUUGAUUGGAUAUGUGGUAUUCAGAGGAGCUAACAAGCAAAAACACAUCUUUAAAAAAAAUCCCAAGGCACGUAUUUGGGGUAAGCCUCCGAAGGUUGUUGGGGGCAAGUUGCUUGCUUCUGGUUAUUGGGGAAUGGCAAGGCACUGUAAUUACCUUGGGGACUUAUUGCUGGCAUUGUCCUUCAGUUUACCUUGUGGGAUAAGUUCAAUAGUUCCAUAUUUCUAUCCUAUUUAUCUUCUUAUUCUGCUAAUAUGGAGAGAGCGAAGAGAUGAAGUUCGCUGUGCAGAGAAGUAUAAAGAAAUAUGGACAGAAUACUGUAGACUUGUUCCAUGGAGAAUAUUGCCUUAUGCAUAUUAGCAAAAACGGUUGUGGAAUAUCUGCUUGGAGAUUUCUGUUAUGUUUGUAUCACUGUCAUUUUCAGUUUGAUACUUCCCAUUUCAUUGAGGAAACUUGACUGUUCCCUUGGUCCUUACGUGCUUAGCACCUGGGUCAAUGGGGAAUAGUUAUGUAACUUAAAUUUCCCUUGUAGUUUUAACCUUGGUCAGCUGCUGGGAUGAUCAAGGAAAAGGAUCCAGCUUGGUGAACCCACAUUGUAAGAUUUCAGGUUUUCUUAGUCUAAAGUGAACACUGGUAAAAAGGACCGACUUAGAAUUGCA